AUGGGCAGGUUUGGCGUCACGCGCCUCGCGCUGGCGCCGCCAGCGCUGCUGGCCAUCGUGCGCACCGCCGAGGAAGUGAACGCCAGCGCUAUGGUUCUGAAAGUGAUCAGGAGGACAAAAGUAGGGAUUAACGAUCAGCGAGUACUUGAUGUUAUUGCCUCUGCACUUUCUAAUUUCAUUGAGGCUAUUAGUUACUCCAUCUUAGGAUUUGGAACGGUUGAGGACACACUUACCAGGGUGAUCAUCUCAGGGUCCAAGAUCGGCAUGAACAAGAUCAAAGAGGAAUACAAGGUCAGGUUCAAGACCACGGUCACCAGCGACAUUGUUGGUGACACCUCUGGGUAUUACAAGGACUUCCUGCUGACCUUGAUAGGGAGUGAAGAUUAA